AAAUUUCUUAUGUUUUCACCUUUCAUGUCCCUUUUUCUAAAUAUUCCAGUAUCUUCUCUAAUGAAAUUACAAAACCAUAAGUCCCCAUAUGAAUCGGGCUUAUAUAUUAUAUAGUACAACAAAACUCGAGACAAAUCUUAAAUCUCAAAAAACAAAACCCUUCCAUCAGAACCAAAAUCUCGAAUUCAUCCAUGUAUUUUUCAUAAACUGUAUAUAAAUUACAGAAGCAUUUGUGUAUUUAUAGAAACUUUACUCAAAAUACUAUUUAAUCGUACAACAUUCAUCUUAUACCGAAAGUAACGCCCAACCAAAGUCGUUGACUCAUUGUCUCUCUAUCUCUCUGUAGUUUCUACUACAACUCCACGUCUCUUCCUGAUCAUUCUAUACACCUAAAAGCACCCCCAGAUUUAACUUUAAUUACCAUUUUGCCUUUCCUUCACCACCCUCUUUUAUCAACCUCCCUCACCUCUCUCUCUUUCUCCUUCUUCUCCUUCUUCUCCUUCUCCGUACAACACAAAAAAUGGCAAGAGGCUCUUCCCAGUCCCAACAAUCAACCUCCACAGCUUCCUCAACCGCCAGGCCCGGUCUGGCCGCUCCACGUGGCUCCGCCGCCGCUACAGCAGGCAUGCGUCGUCGCAGGCUCGGUGGCGGUGGAGGUGCGUCAUCAGGGGGUGGAUCCGUAGCUGGAGGAUCGAGCAACAUGCUGAGAUUCUACACAGAUGAAGCUCCUGGACUGAAGAUCUCACCUACCGUUGUACUCAUCAUGAGUCUCUGCUUCAUCGGCUUUGUUACCGCUCUUCACGUCUUUGGGAAACUCUACCUCCACAAGUCCGGAUCCAAAGCUUAGAUCCGGAUCCGGAUCUCUUCUUCUCUAUGUUGAAUCAGUGGUCACUGUUGUUUUUUGUUUGUUUCUUGAAUCUUGAUGAUCCAUGUAAAACCGCUUUAACUUUGAAUAAAACAUGUUACUUAUGUAGUAGAUUACUCCAUUGACUUUAGUCAAGUGAGAUUACAUUUCUGAUAAAAAAACGUCGAAUCAAAAAUGUUUAAACAUAAUAAUUGUCUUUUACACAAUAAAUAUCGAAUUGAAAAAAAAUAGAAAAAAAAGAAGAUAUAUAGUAACAAGUUCCGGUCAACAAGUUGAUGAAGUAGACUUUGUGGAGACAGUGGCACAACAUCUUUUUGAGAUUUAUAGUCAGCUCUGAGUCAGAUUCAUACCUAUCCUGUAAUAUUAAGAAUUAAGCAAUGGACAGAGUCUUCAGCCACGGUUUAAUUUGUUUACGGUUUCCACCACCAAUCUUGGACUACAUUGUCUUAGG